AUGAACGCUUCCAACGGCCCGCCCCCCGGAACAAGCCUAGCUGACUAUCAAUACCAGCUGGCUUGCGGAUACGUUCCCCCAACCCCCAAGCAGCCCUCCGGCCCAUACCUCGCGGCUCCCCCCGGUCCCCAGUACCCACUACUUGAAAAUCGGCCCCAAAUGAUGCUCUCUCCGCAAGCCGCGCCGGGCAGCCAAUACACCAACCACUCGGCGCCAAAUCAGUACACUGGCCUCAAUCAUGUCGGGCCAACCCCCGGCACGAACUACAUGGCGAGUCAUCCUCAACCGUCCGGCAUCCCGCAAGCGCAUGGCUACUCUCAAAUGGCCACCAACCAGCUUCCCCAGGCUUACUACCCGCCAACGAACCUCGGGGCAACACCAGCAGCACCUCCAGCAACUGCGCCAGCUGCGCUUGGCCCCGGCCCCAAGAAGGCGGGGGCGGGCCCGGCACGCAAGGUCAAACGCACGCCGGAGGAUAUUGCUUGGGAUGAGGAUGCGGCUGCCCUAAGCCGCGCUAUCAGGGUCAAGAAGGCUGCGACGAAGGCCACAACUGCGCAGGAUAAGAUUGUUUCCAAGCGGGCCAAGGCUCUCCAUCGCCAGGACGAGGCCUCCAACGUCGUCCCUUGCUUGGUAUGGGGGGACGCGAACUCUCUCGAGCUGCUGGCCUUCUGGAAAUCGGCCAAGGAUUCCCAUACCGAGCACAAAGAGCGAGACGCCGGCUUCAUAAACUUCUGCAAGUUUAUCAAGGACUACGAGCUCGAUGGCGAGAGGUUCCCGCUGAUUGCGCACCUCAGCCGGGAUCAAUUGAAAUCUUGA